AUGCAAGGACGAACUGAAGCAGAAAAGCUGGUGAAAUCCGACGGUCCUGGGCGAGAGAGGGGCACGCGUGGUGCUGCUGAAGCUUGUUUGGCGUCGCGCAAGCAUUUGAAGGUCCUCAGGCGACGACAGCGAGAAUCGCAACUGUUCAAAGAGCAUGCAUUGGUGCCGGAGCCCCUGGAGCUUAGGUGGCAGCUCUCCACAGACAGCCUGGCCUCCUUGACCAAAGCUGGAAGAUUUUUGUGCUUCUACAAGAGGUUCCUGUUGCUGACACGGACAUGGAGCCGACGGGCAACGGCUGAUGAUCGGAACUACGUCCUGAUCCUCCAAUUUGGCUGGAAGUGGCGCAACUUUUCUCGGCUGCUUCCCACGGACGCCACGCAGCCCUUGUGGAGGACUGCACCUGUAGCACGACGCUGUCCGUGA